AUGGAGUACGGCUGUUACCCCGGUCGUGUGAUGAAAGACGGAACGUGCAAGACAAUCAUUCAAUUCCCAGUCCUCAUGAUAUAUUCACUACAUAUUCUAUGUAAUCUCAGAGUAUCUGCCUUAACAAAUGAUACCAGUUAUGUCUUGUCUAAUGUAAGACAGUCCGUUCGUCGAAUUCUGGUGAGUUCAUACAUAGUUCAUAGAAGUGAUAUACAGGUUGCGGAUAUAUAUUUUCUACCCGAACUACCCAUCAAUAUAGUCCAUAGAGACGGCUUAUUUUUCUAUGACCUACAAGUUUCUUUGAGCUACACGUUGUUGUAUAUCACUCGGUUUAACAGAGAUGUGGUAAAAAGGGAGCUGAUUAAUACGCCUCAGAAAAUCAGGAUGGAUCACUCAAUCAAUGGGUCGGCCCGAAUUUCCUUCUCUCUAGAAGGUUUCCAAUUUUCGAAUAUCAGUAAAACAUUGUUAUCAAAAAACACGAUGGAAAAGGACUAUGAUAUGUUUAGGAAUUACUAUAAAGAUGCUCUUUUGAAUCGCCCUGGAAUGAUUACAAUUGUAAGUGAAUUACUUGUUUGUUUUCACAAAUUUUACGAACUAAUGGAAAUUGAAAUAGACUUUAAUAAUUACCGUGUAAUAGUAAAAGAGACAAAAGAGGCGUUUUACAUUGGCGAUUUUAUCAUUGAUUAUAAAAACCGAUAUCGCGUGUGCGCAAACAUUCCCCCACCUUCUUCGCUAUCGUCAUCCCUUGUUGAAUCACUAAACACCCUAACAACUGUGUUAAAUAUCAUCAGUUGUAUCUUCCUAGUCUUGCUCUUUGUCAUCUACUUGUUAGUACGAGAAUUGCGAACCGUUCCGGGUGUCAACGUCAUGAGUUCCACAUUUUCUCUGUUCUGCAUGCAACUCACAUACACAGUCAGUACCGUCAUUCGGAAAGGAAGUCUCCCCUGUAUGAUCACAGGUGUGUUGCUUCAUUACUUUUGGCUUUGUUUGUGCAGCUGUUUUUUCAUAUGUUGCUUUCAUAUGUUCAUAAGCUUUCGAAGUCUUAAUACGAUAAGUCAGACACAAAAUCAGAAACAGUUGCUUCGUUAUCUGAUGUUCUCUUAUGGAUUACCUUUUAUUGUAGUCUCUUUGAGUGCAUUUAUCUCGUGGUAUGCGACCGGUGAUACUGGCUAUGGGACCAACUUUUGCUUUGUCGAAGGCCUCGUCCAAAACAUCAUAACUUUUAUGAUUCCUAUCGCCAUUACCUGCAUAGGAAACAUUCUUUUAUUUGUUUUGACCAUUUUUAGUAUAAAUCUAAACAAAAACAUCAAGAAGUCCAAAAAGAACAAGUCUGAGCUGGUCAUCUUCUUUAAACUGUUCUUCCUGACCGGCUCGGUCUGGAUUCUCCAAGUCAUUGACAGCUUCCUGCAGCUUUCUUUCUUCUCUUUUUUUGCCGCCAUUCUCACGUCUUCUCAAGGCAUUUUCAUUUUCCUCAGCUUUGCAACAUCUUCACGGAUUUUAAAAUACGCUGGGGUGUUAAGGAAGCGUACGGAAUAG